AUGGGUGCCGAAGUGCAGCAUGGAAUCCCCGUGCAGGCGCACCCAAUUCGGCCAGCGACCCCGAAGAAGAGGCCUUAUGACGACUCGAAUCGCAACCAAGUCAGUCCACAAGCAAACCUACGGGAGACCAAUACCGAAUGGACAACACCGCGGAAAGCCAAUCCUCAACUCAACCGCCGACUAUUUCUCCUGGGCCUAUGCCCGCCUUCGCGUCCCCUCCAACGAAUUCCGAACCUGGCCCCCUUCCCGGUACACCGCCCUUCCCAAUUGCUGUUUCAGACGCAAAUAACAUGCCGAACCUCUCAACAGCUUCCCAUCCAGCUGGUGCCCCUGCCAAAAGGCGAAGGCUGUCGCCCACUAGUAAAGAAGCAAAGGCCCAGGAAAAAGCAAGGAAAGACGAGGCUCGCAAACUUUUGGGAGGAAGAGAAGCAAAAACGAGAGGAGGAGAAGAAAAGGAGGGAAGAGGAGAGAGAAGCAGAGAAGCGAAGACGCGAAGAGGUGAGGAAAAAGAAGGAGGAGGAAAAGGAAGAAGAAAAGAGAAAACGGGAAGAGGAAAAGAAGAAAAAAGAUGAGGAGAAGGAGGCAGAGAGGAAAAAGCGCGAGGAGAAGAGGAAGCAAAAGGAGGACGAGAGGAUAGCCCGUGAAGAAGAAAAGAAAAAGAAAGAGAGAUCCCAAAUGAGGUUGAAUGCGUUCUUUACAAAGCCGUCCAUUCCAAACAGCACCAAUAAAGCUGUUGAGCCCAAGGCCGUUGAAGAAUCAAACCAAGCGAGUGCAAGUCAAUCGCCAGAUACCAAAGCCGUCUCCGACUAUAGUGACGAGUUUCCCCCUUUCUUCGUUCAGUCUCACGUGUGCCUCGGGGCUUCACACCGUUUUCAACGAGAUGCGGAGGCACUUUUACAUGUUCGCGAGAAGAUAGACACAUCUUUGAAGGACAAGGAAGGAUCUGCUGGUCCGAACCUACCCAUAAGGCCAUCUGAACUGUUUAAUAUAAUGCCUUAUAAGCGACGCUAUGGUAAAACGGGGAUUCCUCCAGUGAGAGAGCUUGUCAUGGCAUUGAAUGAUGCAGAUGCUAGCAAAGGCCAUGUAAUAGAUCUCACUGGGGAAAAGGUUGCAACUAACAGAAUACAUACUCAAAAUAUCCUCAGGAAGAUUCCAAUGAAGCUACUACAGUUUAGGGAAGAUGUGCGACCUCCAUAUCAGGGAACGUUUACCAAACAUCUCCCGAGCGGGACGGCGAUUAAACUCUGUCGAAAUCCAUUUUCUAGAGUGAUAUCGGAUGUUAAUUAUGAUUAUGAUUCCGAGGCAGAAUGGGAAGAGCCAGAGGAAGGCGAGGACCUUAACUCUGAGGGUGAGGAAGAUGCGAGUGAAGACGAUGAGGAAGACAUGGACGAUUUCCUAGACGAUGGAGACGAUGAAAUUGGAAAAAGGAAAAUGAUUGUGGGAGAUUUGGAACCUGUCUGCACUGGAAUCUGCUGGACAGAUGGGAAUAAACCGCAUGGACUCCUUGGAACGUAUCAGAUGGAAAUCUUGUCAGAGACCUUCAACUUUCCGAUAGAUCCCUUUUCAGAUGCAUAUUGGAAGAAACCAGGAGCAGCUCUUCCAACCAACCCUUCAAUAUCGGCGCCAGUUAAUGGAAAAGUAUCCGACCCUUCGCAACGGACACUCAUACCGUCGACCAACGGCUUUUUGGCCCCCGGGCCUACCUCACGAGUUACACCAGCACCCACUUCAACAAUCAGCCCUCACCUCAAUAGCGCUAUAGUUUCGCAGAAACCAAAAGCUCAAUUCCCAUCAGAACUUCUCCCUGAUUUCAAACAGGCCGUUUCGGGUAGCGACCUGACCAAGGCAGGGCUAAUCGAAGUCUUGAAGAAACGCUUUCCCAAGGUUUCGAAAGAAGUUAUCAAAGACACACUCACGGCCACGGCCGUGCGGCCAGGACAGAAAGAAGCUGAUAAAUGUAGGGGGUGA